UUCUCGUUCGGCAACAACAAACAUUUUUUUUAGAUUAUUUUUUUCUCAAAACUUUUCAAAACAUCUGUGUUACAUUUACUACACAAUCUACAAUAACGAUAAUAACGGUGACAAUGAUUCGUCCCGAAGUGGUGCAGCAGCUCACCUGUCCAGCAUUUGGUCUUGCAACGUCGUGGAUCAUCUCACGCAAAGGGGUUCCAGUUGAAUCGUUGCAGGAAAUUGAAUCACAAUUUCGUCGCGAACUAUGGCCCUUUCCAGCACGAGUUUCGAAAAAGGAUAAUUACCUUGCUAAAUCAUUACGCGAAAAAGCCAAUGAAUGCUACAAGAGCGAACCAUCGGAGAGCGAUAAAGUGCUUCGGUUGUAUAACGAAAGCAUUAGCUGUGCCACGCCAGGUUCUGACGAAAUAAGCAUGGGAUACGCAAAUCGAUCCGCGAUUUAUUUCAAUCAGAAGAACUAUCGAAGAUGUGUUCGGAAUAUAGAGCUGGCCAAGAGGAACAACUAUCCGCAAAGUAAAAUGGCCAAAUUAAUUGAACGAGAGAAUAAAUGUAAGGAGUUUUUACAAGAAUUUGUUGAUAACAACGAAGUAAAAGAAAAAAUCGGAGACGCAGAUUUAUCCAAGUUGCAGUUAAUAGAUAAUCCUCAAUACGGAAGAGGCAUCGCCACGAAGACAGAUUUGAACGUGGGAAACAUCUUUUUCUCAGAAUUACCUUGCUUGAUAGUGUUGGAACCGGAUGCAAUGUUCUCUCGAUGUAACUAUUGUGGACGUGAGAAUGAGAAGGAUUUGAUACCUUGUGAUAGUUGCUGUAGCUCAAUGUACUGCUCAGAAGAAUGUAAAGAGAAAGCAUUGAUGAGCUACCACCGCUUCGAGUGCAAGAUUGCCGAAAAAUUGAAACAUUUAUUCAAAGGUCCUAAAUCAACCAGAAUGUUUCAUCUGGCAUUGAGACUAUUCUGGAUGAUACUCUCAAAUUUCAGUACUAAUCCUGUUAGUUUUCGGCAACAUCUUAACGAGAAAUUCAAAAAUUUCCGCAAUCCAUUUUUGUUAGAAUCUGAGAAAAUCCCCUUUCACAUACUAUCUGUUGAUCAACCAGACAUGAGCAAAGAUCGAACCGGCGAAGGAAUUAUGCAAUUCAUUUCUGUUCUUAUGUACAAGAUAGUCAUUGAGGAGAAUGACUCUACUCGAAAUUCACUCUUAGAAGAAGACCAUAGCUGCCUGUUAGAGAUUCUCCACGGGUUGGUAUUGAGAGCGAAAAAUAUCUCCGAUCAGAGUGGCGAUGAUAUGACCUGCUUAUAUCCACUUCUCCGGAUGGUUAAUCACUCAUGCGCUCCCAAUGCAGAGCGUUUCAUGAUCAACGGAACGUCGAUACUAGUGGCCAAGCGUCCAAUCAAAGUCGGAGAACAAAUAUUGAUAAGUUAUAUCCCUAACUGUACCGUUGAAACGAAGGAGAAAGACAAACGAAAAGCAAUGCUACAGAAGGAAUUCAACUUUGACUGUCAGUGCUCUGGCUGCUCGUUGGAUUACCCGAUUCUGAGUGCCGUGGAGGAGGAUCGCAAACUAAAAGAUGAGCUAAAUAGCAUCAUGUCCAGAGACGAGGAUAGAUUGAAUUCAUUAGAAGAUUUCAUACAGCGCCAUGAUGGCCGGUAUCCAAAUAAGGAACUCGCUGGAGCAUGGAAAGCUUAUAGAAACGAGAAGAUAAAAGAUAUGAGUAGUUGAAAUAUACAUCUUUCAACAUACGAA